AGCCUCACUCCCUCUUUGAUUUAUUGAAGCCACUCCAAACACCCACUUCUGCUUAACUUUGAGCUUUUCUGUUUUAUUUUUUCCAUUCACCCCCCCGCUCCCUCUCUCCCUCUCUCCUUUUUUUCUGUUAUUGUUGCGGGACACGGGUCCACCACCGCUCUACGACGCUGGCUUUUCAAUUUCACUCCUUUUUGUUUUCGUCGUGAUGGCACUUGGCGCGGCUACUGUACGCCAGGCAGGAGAUGAGUUGGUGGUGGAUGAAGGCGCGCAGCUCGUUUGACUCCCCUUCUUUACGCGAAGGUGUUUUCGCCUCAGCGCUUUCAUUGUGAACAUUUAGGCUCGUUCGUUUUGGAUCGUCGCCUCCCUGGACUCUCGAUUUAUUAUAACUUCGUUUGUUGUUUUCCCCUUGUAGCCGCUGCAGUCGGCCAUCCUGCGCCGUAACAUGACGAUUAAGCAGUAAAAUAAUACUAAGAAAUAGGCCUUACACAUAGAAACUGGAUAUGGAGUCGGUGAAGACAAGAGCCACGGCGGGGGUGAAGGAAUUUACGGGGAAGGCCCUGGGUCAUAUGCACAGGGUGAUGGAGAGGAGGCAGAAAACCGGGGAGGUGAUCGAGUUAACGGAGGAUGGGCGGCCCCGGGAGGCCGCGGAGAAGAAACCCCCGCUGUGCGACUGCAAGUGCUGCGGUCUGCCCCGCCGGUACGUCAUCGCCAUCCUGAGCGGCCUGGGCUUCUGCAUCUCCUUCGGUAUCCGGUGUAACCUGGGCGUGGCCAUCGUGGGCAUGGUCAACAACAGCACCAUCCACCAGAACGGCAAGAUCAUCAUCAAAGAGAAAGCCAAAUUCAACUGGGAUCCAGAGACGGUGGGACUAAUUCACGGAUCUUUUUUCUGGGGCUACAUCGUGACACAAAUCCCGGGAGGAUACAUAUCCUCCAGGCUGGCAGCAAACAGGGUAUUUGGUGCAGCCAUUGUCCUGACCUCGACUCUCAACAUGUUCAUUCCCUCGGCUGCCCGAGUCCAUUAUGGGUGUGUCAUUUUUGUGAGGAUAUUACAAGGGCUGGUGGAGGGAGUGACCUACCCAGCCUGUCAUGGCAUCUGGAGUAAGUGGGCUCCUCCGCUGGAAAGGAGUCGUCUGGCUACAAUCUCAUUCUGUGGCUCUUACGCUGGUGCUGUGAUAGCGAUGCCUCUGGCUGGGAUCUUGGUUCAGUACUCAGGCUGGUCCUCAGUCUUCUACGUGUAUGGAUGCGUCGGCAUCUUCUGGUAUAUGUUCUGGAUCCUUGUGUCUUAUGAGAGCCCUGCUGAACAUCCUACCAUCACUGAUGAGGAACGCUGCUACAUUGAGGAAAGCAUUGGAGAGAGUGCCAAGCUAAUGGGUCCUUCCGAGAAAUACAAGACUCCCUGGAAAAAGUUCUUCACCUCUAUGCCUGUCUAUGCAAUCAUCGUGGCCAACUUCUGCAGGAGCUGGACCUUCUACCUGCUGCUGAUUAGCCAGCCUGCAUACUUUGAGGAAGUGUUUGGAUUUGAGAUAAGUAAGGUUGGCAUGCUGUCUGCCUUGCCCCAUUUGGUGAUGACCAUCAUUGUGCCCAUUGGCGGCCAGCUGGCGGACUACCUACGCAGCAACAACAUCAUGACAACUACCACUGUCAGGAAAAUCAUGAACUGUGGAGGAUUUGGCAUGGAGGCCACAUUGCUGCUGGUGGUAGGAUAUUCCCACAGCAAAGGGAUGGCCAUCUCCUUCCUGGUGCUGGCAGUGGGCUUCAGUGGAUUUGCUAUAUCAGGCUUUAAUGUCAAUCACCUGGAUAUUGCUCCACGCUAUGCCAGUAUCCUAAUGGGCAUCUCUAAUGGUGUGGGUACCCUGUCUGGGAUGGUGUGCCCACUGAUUGUUGGUACUAUGACAAAGAACAAGACUCGAGAGGAGUGGCAGUCUGUGUUCCUGAUCGCCUCCAUGGUGCAUUAUGGAGGUGUGAUCUUCUAUGGGAUCUUUGCAUCGGGAGAAAAACAGCCAUGGGCCGACCCAGAACUGACCAGCGAGGAGAAGUGUGGCUUCAUUGACGAGGAUGAGUUGGCAGAGGAGACGGGCGACAUCACUCAAAAUUACGGUGCCUUAGGAGGUCCAGCUAAGUCUUAUGGUGCAACCACACAGGUGAACGGUGGCUGGGCUACAGGCUGGGAGAAGACGGAGGAGUACGUCCAGGAAGAAGCACAGGGAGCAGGCUAUGGAUACAGGCAGGAUGAGGGAUACUCCUAGACCAAACACACAUCACAGAUACAUGAGUAGACUUAUUUUCCUGAGUGUGCAUCAGUUUAGUCAUAAAAAAUAUCAAACAACAAAUGAGAAACAAGAAAAAGUACAAUCCAUUGUUGUAUUGUUUGCACAAAUCCUAAAAAUAAAUCUAAAAAAGUGUCAACUUAAUGUAACUAUUACUAAAAUGUAUAAAAAAUUUAAAGAUAUUCGAUUAAUAGAGGUGUAACUCAUAUCAAAUUGGCAGUCUGUAAAUGUCUUAUUAUGCAUAUUGAUAAUAGAUAUAUUUAUUUGGAGUGCAAUUGUGUAUAAAUGUGAACAUUUUCAUCCCAUCAGCUGAGGCUUCCUGACUACACUGAAGCCUGUAGGGUUACAUAGAAGCUGCCCAUUAGAAUCGACCCCCUAUUUAUCAAAGUUACAGUACAACGUCCUACAAGCCAGCCAUUACAGUGUAUAAAUGUCAAUGCACAGCGUUGUAAACAGAAACUAGACACUCUGUGGAUAUAGAUUGUACUGUAUCUUUCCUGAAUGCACUCAGAGUAGUGUGUCAUUUUAAUGCACAAUAUGAUGACUUUUGUUCUCUUAUCACCGGCUUCUGUGUGUGUAAAAGUCCAUCACAUGUUAAGUGACCUGGUGUUGAGAUUUGACGAGUGAUAUAUUGACUUGUGGUGACUGUUUGGUUACACUUGCAUAAGAGGUAAAAAUGUCAGUCAAAUGUUUGCUACACGUGAUCCAUUUUGUAACUCAGUACCUCUGCAGUUGAAGCGUUUAAUUUUAGCUUUUGCAAGCCGUCACAUCUUAGCAGUGUAGUGCAGGACUCAAGUCAUUUUCAUUAUUAUAAUCACCAUUACUGAAAGUCUAGUUGUACCAAUGCAUUGCUAAAAGAUCUGUCUUAAAUAAAACAUAUAUCUAUGACAGAGAUAACUAGAGAGUAAAUAUGUAGCAGAGUUUAUAGAUUCAAUUUAGACAUUGUUAGAUCAAGAGAUUAAUGGUUGUACACAACCAUAUAGGGUUUGUGCAAUGUAAAGACUUGACUGAAAUUACAGAAUAGCCUAAAUCAGUAUGAGAGUCUUACUAACA